AUGGCCAAGCGACGCUGUACUCCGAAGCGCGCGAGCAUGAAUACCAUCGCAGCCUUCCCGCCGGGAGAGAGUCUCCUUGAGCUGCUACCCAGCGAAAUCCACCUGGAGGUCUUCAAACACCUGGCCCCAGCCCAUUUUACCCUCAAAUACACCAAAGACCACCAGGCGCACAGGGCUGCUCUGCGCAACCUCUGCCUGGUCUCCAAGAAGAUGGACGCGCUUGCCAGAGGGGAGCUGUACAGCGACCUCCGCAUGUACAGCAUCGACCGUGCCAUUCGCAUCUUUGCGAUGCUCUUGACGAAUCCACAGCUCACAGGCCAUGUCAAGUCCAUCUUGUUGUUCCCUUCUCAGAAACCGACGCGUAAGGACAGCCUGUUCGUCGACCUGACACCCCUGCGUUCCUUGAACGAUCCCGACUUCGCAUACUGGACAACAGGCGGGGAUCUAGCUAGGGUGGAGAUGCCAGCCAUCACCGGGGACAAGAUGGUCUACAACUUGCUCUACAAGACCCUGUCACGAACGCCGGCGCUGCAGGCUGUGUACAUCAGACUUCCUGGGGAUUACCCCCAUGGCUACGCUCCCCAUGCCGAUCAAAGAGUCACCCGGGGCAGUCUUGACCUCUCUAAGCAGUUGGAUGGGCUGCGUUUGGACACUUCAAUUUCCAAGCUACCUCGCCUCAAGACGGUGGGAAUCUUGGGUGGUGGGUCGGUCCUCCGAAAGUCGUUGGUAUUUGAGGACCUGAUCCGGGUUUUUCAGAGCUUGCUCCGGUCUCCUAAUCUGGUUGAAGUGUCCUGGGUCGGGUUGACUCGAGACCCCAGCUGGAUGACGACUAAAUUCUGGGACGCCCCUCUGCUCACGAGCAACACAGUAGAUUUACUCGUGGCACGACCUGAAUUUAACCAGGUGUCCGCGAGUGUGAAGAAGAUCAAUCUUCGAGGCAUUGAAAUCGUAGCCGACAACAUUGAGGCCCUCACAAGAGCCUUUCCCUCAAUGGAGGCUCUCACGAUCGAAGAUGAUUGCUACAUAUCUAGCGAUAUAAUAUUUCGUAUGUGGGUUAUACGACUCCCGAAGGAGGCAUUCAAUCCUCUGAUGCGAUCGGACAACUUGCACACAUUCGUGUUUGACAAUUAUCCCUUCAGACUCGGAUCUGGGAGGUUCAGCGCAGCCACGACGGGAUGGCACAAGACGGUAGACCUCUCUGCGUUGCCGAAGCUCCAAACUCUGGUGGUGCCACUGGACUUCUUCGCCUACUUCACAGAGGGAGAGAACCGCCUUAUCCAACAGGCGACGGCAAUUCUUCCCGGUUCGUUACGCCGUGUCAUUCUGCUUCUCCAUUCGGCAUGCAAGGAGAGGCUGGCAAAGCAAUUUACGAGGAAGUCCGGCGUCGAGGGGACAACCAGAGAAUUCAUGCAAGAGCUCGCAGCUACUCUCCUCGUCGAAUUUCCCCAUAUCGACAAGGUCGACGUCUGCUACCACAUUGAGCAUUACCGCCAGAACAAGGUCUUCACCCUUGCUGAUCGAUCCAAGCAACUUGAAGUUGGAGAGGAAGCGGCUCGAGCAGACUCGAGCAUGGACUAG